CGGCCACUGAGGGUAGCAAGCUUUGUGUUGUUUGUGCUCGCAUUCGCGUUUAGUUCAUUCGCGUAAUUUUCAUUUCUACGCUAGACGUUGUCCGCCGCAGUACGUUUGAAUGCUCGUGUGCGCUGCCUCAGCUCGUGUGCUCAGCUCAUUUUGCAAUUGAUUUUUUAUUUUUUUUUUUGAAAAAGUAAUGAAAAUACCGACAAGAGUAUACAAUUGUUUAUGCAAAAUAUACGCAUUGCCAUAGAAAACUACGUGAAGUGCAAGAACAAAAACAACAAAAAUACCACCAAUGAUAUCCGCAUCAUCAACAACACAACAGUAGCAGCCGCAACCAAACACGACGACGACGACGACGUAAACGACAACGGCAGCGUUUGUUUAAUUAUUAGCAACAAAAUAGCUGCAAUUUAAGACAACAACAACAAUAAAUAUCCUGGAUAAAUAGAGAGCAUUGUCUAGCCGACUGCCAAACACAAUAAAGGUGAGCAGCAGUUAGUGAGAAAGAGGAAAUCAAAAGGAGUAGCGCCGUGUAGAGCGCGUGCGCGUCAACAAAUCAAAUCAAAUCAAAUUUGUUUGGUAAACACAAAAUAGCAACAUUUUAACUGAAACAAUGGACUUUAUGAUGGCUAAUACGGGCGCCACUGGCGUGGAGACACAGGCGCAGUUAAUGCAGAGCGCUGCCGCGGCGGCCGCUGUUGCUGCCACAAAUGCGGCUACACCGGUGCAGAGCGCAGCGGCUGUGGCCGCCGCCGCACAACUGCAGCAGCAGCAGCAACAGGUGCAGCAGGCCAUAUUACAGGUGCAGCAACAGCAGACACAGCAAGCGGUUGCCGCAGCAGCCGCAGCGGUCACCCAGCAAUUGCAACAGCAACAGCAGGCAGUCGUGCAGCAAGCGGUCGUACAGCAGCAGCAGCAGCAGCAACAGCAGCAGCAAGUGGUGCAGCAACAGCAGCAGCAGCAGCAAGUUCAGCAAGCAGUUGUCGCCGUGCAGCAGCAGCAACAGCAGCAGGUCCAGCAACAGCAGCAGGUGCAGCAACAAGUACAGCAGCAGGUGCAACAGGCCAACACGAACGGCAAUUCGGGCGGCGCUCAGAACGGCAGCAACGGCAGCACAGAGACGCGCACAAAUCUGAUCGUGAACUAUUUGCCACAGACGAUGACGGAGGACGAGAUCCGAUCGCUGUUCAGCAGCGUCGGCGAGAUUGAGUCGGUGAAGCUGAUACGCGACAAAUCUCAGGUUUAUAUCGAUCCACUCAAUCCCCAAGCGCCCAGCAAGGGCCAGAGCCUAGGCUAUGGCUUUGUCAACUACGUCCGGCCACAGGAUGCGGAGCAGGCGGUGAAUGUGCUGAACGGACUGCGUUUGCAGAAUAAAACGAUCAAGGUGUCGUUCGCGCGGCCCUCCUCGGAUGCCAUCAAGGGCGCCAAUCUCUAUGUCUCGGGUCUGCCCAAAUCGAUGACCCAGCAGGAAUUGGAGGCCAUAUUUGGGCCGUUCGGCGCGAUCAUUACGUCGCGCAUACUGCAAAACGCCGGCAACGACACGCAGACCAAGGGCGUCGGCUUCAUACGUUUCGAUAAGCGGGAGGAGGCAACGCGUGCGAUUAUUGCAUUAAAUGGCACCACGCCCAGCAGCUGCACCGAUCCGAUUGUUGUGAAAUUCUCGAAUACGCCCGGCAGCACCAGCAAGAUCAUUCAGCCACAAUUGCCCGCAUUCCUCAAUCCGCAGCUGGUGCGACGCAUUGGCGGCGCCAUGCACACGCCGGUAAAUAAGGGACUCGCACGCUUCUCGCCCAUGGCCGGCGAUAUGCUGGAUGUGAUGCUACCCAAUGGAUUGGGCGCUGCCGCUGCGGCGGCCACAACGCUGGCCAGCGGACCGGGCGGUGCAUAUCCCAUAUUCAUCUACAAUUUGGCACCCGAAACGGAGGAGGCGGCCCUUUGGCAGCUGUUCGGCCCGUUCGGUGCUGUCCAAUCGGUGAAGAUUGUUAAAGAUCCCACAACGAAUCAGUGCAAAGGCUAUGGCUUUGUCUCCAUGACCAACUACGAUGAGGCGGCAAUGGCUAUACGUGCCCUCAACGGCUAUACCAUGGGUAAUCGGGUGCUGCAGGUCAGCUUCAAGACCAACAAGGCCAAGUAGACUGUUCUCUCUCUCCAGCAGCAACAACAGCAACAGCAGCAGCAGCAACAGUAAACCCUGCCAUUUCACCAAGAAGGAGAAGCAAACAGGAGUGCAAGUACACCUACACACACACACACACACACACACACACAUACUUAUCUAGUUUAUACACACACACACACA